AUGGAAAACUAUGAUGAGUCUGCUGAUGUUGAUGUUGAUUCCAUUCAUUCAAGUGAACGUGAUUCAUGGGACGAGGAGUUGGAUGAUGAAGAAAGUUAUUCGAUAUCUAAUAUGAAUCAAAGUUCAGUGGAUGGCGAUCAUUCAGCUGAUAAUGGCAAUGGUGAUGGAGAUGCAGUUGGAGGCAAUAGCCAGAUAAGGUUUGAUACCAUAACUGCUGAAGAAAUUCGUUCUAUGGAAUUUGCCACUCUUAAUGAAGCUUAUGACUUUUAUUACCGUUAUGGUAAGUAUAAUGGUUUUGCUGUUAGGAAAGGUGAUAGUAGGGUAAGAGGUAGUGAAGGUAAUAAAGUAAUAAAAAUGAAGCAGUUUGUAUGCAACAAACACGGUGUAAGAGAGAAGAGACACUUAGUUAGGAUAGAUAGGAAAUUAGAACAUAGACGUUUGACCCGCACUAAAUGUGGAGCCAGUCUUCGUGUGAAAUACAAAGCUGAAAAGGAUAGAUAUGUAGUUUCAGCUUUUGAAGAGACUCAUAACCAUGAAUUAACCCCAGCUAGGUUUGUGCACUUACACCCCGUAUAUCGUAAAAUUUCUGAAGUAGAUAAGGCUCAGGUGGAUAGUCUUCAGAAACGUGGCAUUAGAACAUGUCAUAUAAUGGGGUACAUGGUUGCACAGAAGGGUGGAUAUGCUGAUGUUGGUUUUACAAAGAAGGAUUUGUACAACUAUUUUGAUAAAAAAAUGCGUGCUGUUAUUAAAGAUGGUGAUGUUGCCGCAGCUUUAAACUACCUGAAUAUGAAGUCGUCUAGUGAUCCCAUGCUUUAUGCUGAGUAUGCUGUAGACAACGUUAAUGGAAGAAUGAAGACUCUUUUUUGGGCUGAUGGGAUUAGUAGGACCGACUAUUUUUGUUUUGGUGAUGUGCUUGCAUUUGACACGACUUACAGGAAGAACAAGUACAACUAUCCGUUGGUUGUAUUUUCAGGGUGUAACCACCACUCUCAAACAGUAAUUUUUGGUGCUGCAUUGGUGUCAGAUGAAACGACGGAGACGUAUAAGUGGGUGUUGAGGUGUUUCCUAGAAUGCAUGGAAGGUAAACAACCAAAAGCGGUGGUAACAGAUGGGGAUGGGGCAAUGAGAGAGGCCAUAAAACAGAUUUUUCCCGAUGCUAACCAUAGGUUAUGUGCUUGGCAUUUGAAUAAGAAUGCAAGUGAGAAUGUGAAGAACGGAAAUAAUUUUUUGGACGGUUUUUCAAAGGCCAUGUACUCAAAUUUUACAAUAGAUGAAUUUGAAGAGUAUUGGUCACAAAUGAUUAAAGAAAAUGGAGUGCAAGGACAUCCUUGGGUAGUCAAAACGUACGAGAAUAGGUCACUGUGGGCUACUGCAUAUCUACGAGAUAAUUUUUUUGGACGUAUAAGAACUACGUCGCAGUGCGAAGCUGUUAAUGCAAUAAUUAAGAGUUAUGUCAGGAAGCAAGGAUGCAUUUUUGAAUUUAUGAACAACUUUGAUCAGGCUUUGAGAGAUUAUAGAAAUAAUGAGUUGGUUGCUGAUUUUAAAUCAUCGUCUACAGAUCCUGUGUUGUCGACGCAACUGCCUGUGAUUGAGAGUCAUGCUGGUAAAAUAUAUACGGCGGAGCUUUUCAAAGAAGUUAGACAUGAAAUAUUGAAAGCCGGUGAAUUGAUAGUUAGGGAGAAAAGCGAAGUUGGGGGUAGGAAGAAUUAUAGAUUGACAAAAUAA